UUUGGUGAGGCGCGCCGGAGGCGACACGCACACACGUAAUUUUCUUUUGGGAACUUUGGUCUUUUUCCCCCUUCGUCAAAAAGGAUUAUAGCCCGAACGCAGAGUUUAUAUUACUAACAUUCGUUUGCAAAAAAAAAAAAAAAAAAUGCUGGAUCCUUGGUUUUAUUAUUGGUUCUUUUUCACUUGGUGGUCCGUUAGGUAAUAUAAGCUGGAUUAUUUUUGCAACGCUACUUGCUGACAAAAAAUAAGUUAAUUAAUCCUUCCAGGGACUCAAGAUCCAGAGAUAUUCCAUUGGAUCCGUUUGUAAAACGAAGUAAAAUCGUCGUACAAGUAAUUCUGAUGCCCAGCUAACCAGACUAUAGCUGGUCAGCCGGGGCUUGCUGCGCCCAAGCCGGGCGAAGAUUGACGCUGCUCGGUGUCAUCCAACUGAAGAGGAUCGAGUUUAUUAGGCGACAAUGCUUGAAAUAAUGUCCGAGCACCAAGAUUCAUUACUGAAGUGCAAAGCAGAGACUCUGCCAUCAGAGAGAAGAAAGAGGACAGUGGAGGACUUCAACAAGUUUUGCAGUUUUGUUCUUGCAUAUGCAGGUUACAUCCCUUCUCCAAAGGAGGAAAGGCCAUGGUCGGCAGCAUCCUCCAGUUCUCCAAAUAACUCUGGUGCUUCAGGAGAAGGCAGUGUUUUAGGUGGAGCGAGUUCUAACAUGGCUCCCAGCUGGAGUCACGGCACGUCGGACUUGCACACCAUCCACACCUUCGUUCGUAAGGCUCGUGCCAAUAAGAGCAACAAGAGUAUGCGGCGGCUCUCAUCUGACAGUGCCCUGAUGGACAAAAUGCGUUUAAAAGACUCUUUCUAUGAGGACCAAGUGGCCAGCAAAGCUGAACGCAAAAAGGACAAGAAGCUGAAGCGUCUCUCUCUAGGUUCAGGCGCUGGCAGUAGCAGUAGCAGUGGUGGCGAGAAACGUGCAAGGAUCAAGCGCAGUAAAAACCCCAAACAGUCCAAAGCCCUUAAGAAGCUUAAGAGCUCGGCCCACAGCGAGUCAGACUCUGACAAUGGUCUCGGCCAUGGAGAGGAGCAUUCGGACCCGGGAGCAAUGACUGAGCGCAGACUACAGGCACAGGUGAAAGAGGAGAAGGAGGAGGCCACCCAAGAGGCAGAUAUGAGCUCCAGUGAAGGCGAGACUUGGAUAGCGGAUGAAGACAUAAUGGUGGAGUCAGGGGACGAUUCGUGGGAUUUAAUCACCUGUUACUGCGGUAAACCCUUUGCAGGACGGCCCAUGAUUGAAUGUAGUCAGUGCAGCGUGUGGGUGCACCUCUCUUGCGCCAAAAUUAAGAAGUCUAAUGUGCCUGACAUAUUUAAUUGCCACAAAUGCAGAGACUCUCGGCGGUCAAGUCAGAAAAAAGACACUUAGAUGAGGGUGUUCAUUCCCUCCAAGCUCUGAAUGUUCCCGGUUCUCCAGUUUUUGUAUCCGACACCAUUUUCAGUUUCAAAAUUCUUUUGUUCUUUUUUUUUCUACUUCCUUUGCAUUUCUAGUUUUGGCAACUAGUUACCCAUUACGGUUUGCAGUCAGAGGUCUCGAAUACAGAUGGAGAAAUCAUGUUUGAAUUAAUCUCUUACCUCCUGAGUUGGUAUUUGACCAUGAGUAGUGUGAAUUCUGUUUGGCUCAAAUGUGACGGCUUGUUUGUAAGCUAUUUGUAAACUAUCCUUUUGUCACAUCAAAUUGACAUUUGUUUGAAAUGAUUGGCUUGCAUAUCGGGGAAUUGGCACUAUUUUCCUUUGUGGGAAAAGUUAGAGGGCACCGUUUCCACCCUACAGUUUCCACAAAUGUAUACUAUAUUGGUUGUAUUAAUACUACAAUUUAAAAGAGACUACUUAAAAUUAAAUAAAACUAUUCAAAUUACAGGAAAAUGUUGUCAUGAAUUUGCCAAAGAUAUG